AUGUCCGGGGUCUCUAAGGGAAGUGAGAGCGUAAAGACCCCCGUCCGGAGACUCCAGAGGUCUCCGGUGGAGAGCGUCGAGACCCCCGUCCAGAGGUCUCCGGUAUCCAUCUCGUGGGAGCAGUCGGUAGUGGAGGCUGCGACGGCGAUAUACGAGGGCAGAGUAGACGUGGCUUCGGAGAUCCUGAGGCGCUUGUCUGCUGUGCUGAACCCCAUGGGUAAUUCAGAGCAGAAAUUGAUGGGAUACAUGUUGUCCGCGCUUAAAUCGCGCGUGAGCCCCGUCGAUUACCCCCCUCCCGUGGCGGAGUUGUUCACCGAGGAACAUUCGUUGUUGGCUUGGUCACUUUACGAUCUGUCUCCUUGUUUCAGGCUCGGUUUCAUGGCUGCCAAUAGCACGAUUUUGGAGGCUGCAUCAGAGCAACCCUCCACUCACAAGCUCCAUGUAAUUGAUUUCCAAAUUGGUUGGGAAAAACAGUACCGCAAUCUCCUUCACGAGCUGUCCAAAAGUCAGGGGACCCUCAAGAUCACGACGCUCGCAGAUAGCUUCAACGGUGAGGAGAGGCUCAGGAUGAUCGGGGAUCGAUUGAGUAAAGUCGCGGCCGAGAUAGGAGUUAGGUUAGUAUUCAAAAUCGUGAGGCAGAAGCUGAGCGACUUGAGCCGCGACUCGCUGGGCUGCGAGCCCGACGAGGUGCUGGCGGUGAACUUGGCGUUCAAGCAGUACAGAAUGCCGGAUGAGAGCGUGUCCGCGGAGAACACGCGUGUGAAGGGGCUGGCGCCGCAGGUGGUGACGCUGGUGGAGCAGGAGGUGAAGGCGAACGCGAGGCCAUUCACGAUGCGCGUGGAGGAGGCACUGGCGUACUACGGGGUGCUGCUCGAGUCGAUCGAGUCUACAGUGCCGAUGGACGACUCGGAGCAAGCGAGGGCGGAGGAGGGGCUGAGUCGGAGAUUGGGGAACUGGGUUGCUUGCGAAGGUAGGGACCGGGUUGAAAGAUGCGAGGUGUUCGAGGAGUGGAGGGUCCGCAUGGGGAUGGCUGGGUUCGAGUUGAAGACACUGGGACACGUGGCCCCAUCAUUGAGGUUGCGGCUCCGCCCUUGGGGCUGGAACUCUGGAUUCACGGUGAAAGAGGAGAAUGGUGGGGUUUGCUUCGGCUGGUGCGGCCAAACUCUCACCGUCGCAUCUGCUUGGCGUUAA